GACCUAACGCUUUGCCAUAGUAGGAUUCAGCCGGCAGCAGCAUCUCGGCAAAGAUUGGUUCAAAGAUCCGCACUACCAUCAACCAUAGCUUCCCGUAGCCUACAAUGCGGAAGGACACUUAACAUCAGAUCUCGACUGAAACAUUCUCAAAGGAUUUUGCAGACUCUUUUAUGGAAGCCGAGGCUGCUGUGGUAAUGCUGCCUCCCAAGAACUGCAUCCCUAGAAACUACAGUUGUAUCGCUGGGCUGUUCGGAAGCUUGACAGCAUCAGAGCAAAAGCUGGAGGACGGAGAAGAGAUGGAGGGAGAGGAGGGCAAGAAUGGGGACUGUGAAUCGUUAGAAAUCAGCGUAGUGAAUGAAAAACCGAGAGGAAGGGAAUCAUACCUGAAGCCACCGCAUAGCCCGACUCAGCGCCGCAGGUGCAAGUCUCUCCCCACAUCAGCAGAAAGAGCCAAAUUAGAGAUCGCACGAAGCCAGAGCCCAAGCAGUCAGAAAAAGGUACGUUUCGCUGACUCUUUGGGCUUGGACCUGAUUUCUAUCAAACACUUUGAUGACACGGAUAUGCCUGAGGUACCAGACCGCAUUAUUGACAAAUUCAAAAAAGCCAGAGCUCUCCACUUUAACAAUUUCGACAAGUCCAACACAUCAAGCCAGUCCGUGUUUAUGGAGCUGCUCUUCACAAAUCCAGGAUCCCUGCCAGACUUCCUUGACAGAGUUUCUGCAGUGAAGGUUUUACUGGAGUCUGUUCAGGCUGAUGAGUUCAGCCUCUCGGGGUUCGUGCGGGUUCUUAACUUGGCUUUCGAAAAAAAGGUCUAUUUGAGGUACACCUUAAAUAACUGGACGACAUUUAUGGAUAUUCUGGCGUCGUACGUCCCCCAUUCUAGCGACGGGCGGACUGACAAAUUUAACUUCAAAAUCAUCACCCCGACCUUUCUGGAGUUUGGAGGAACGCUGCAGUUUGCCAUCAAGUACUGUGUCGUGGGAGGUGAAUUUUGGGACAACAACAAUGGGAAUAAUUACAGAGUAAGAAGGCACAGAUUUAAAAUUUCUCCUCCGAGGGAAUGGGAAAACGGUUGGAUCCACUUUAUUUAGUGCGCGCUUUGCCUUUCCGCCAUGGCGAUGCUUGCUCGUGAAUAUUAAUUUGGUGACUUCCAUCGACGAAUUGGCUAAGUAAUAAUCAUGAGGCAAUUCUUCUCCAUAGUAGGAUUAGUAAUCCAUGAAAAACGUAUGUAGCAUACCACAUAUUCGUAAAUGUAACACCGUUGUCUGUGCUUUGUCAUUGCUUAAAUAAUGGUAGAGAAUAGGAAAUUAAAUUGACGUCAAAAAAGGUAACCACAUGUAACAUUAAGCAUAUUUCCAUCGUUGUAAUACACCGAUUGUUUAGCUGCAGUAGGUUACAUGGAAGGUCAUGGAGACAAGACCCCUUCUGCAUUCAUUAAAAUGAGCAGCACCAUUUUAAUGAACCCAGUUUACAUUUAGCUUCAGUGCAUUGUGCUGUAAUAGGAUAUUGUGUAAUAAUUACAUAAUCCACCGUGAGCCUGUUACUCUUCAGUUCAAGUGAAAUCAUGGUGCUUCAGCAUCACUGUGCUUGUCUCACAUCAAACUGCAACUAAGGGUUUAGGCUACCUCUGAGGAAGAUUUUUGAUACCAUAAGAAAUUAAACCUUUAGAAGAGCAUAUGCCUUGGAUCCAUGUAAAAAUUGCAACCAGUUCCGCUCUGCCUGUUGCGAGCAGGCCUUGAACAAGUGCCUCUUGAGGCCAUGGGUAUUAGCAAUACAUGUGCAGCAAUUAAAUAUUGCCUACAAUUUCUCUUCCUCAGAAAACAUGCAGGCUGUUGACUAUUUUGUUUUACUUUUCAAGUCAUCCAAAAAUUGACCCUGUUUAUAUUUUUAAAAUAUAUAGUAGUUGGUAAAGUCCACUCAAGAAUGAAAAUUCUCUCACCAUUUGCUCACCCUCUUUCUUUCUUUCUUUCUUUAGUUGGACACAAAGAUUCUUAGAAAAAUAUUCUAUCUUUUAUACAUUAACACAUUAACAAAAGGGGUCAUUUUUUGGGGUGGACUAUCCCUGUAAUGCAUGUUACUGGUCUUAUUGUGAACAAUUCAUCCUUGCAUGUUUGCUUUUCUUGUGAUAUGCUCACUUGACAUCUAAAACGCAGUUAUGUUCAGCGACGAUUCCGGUUGAAAACACUUACUUUUCACAGUCCAGUCAACAACUGAUUGAUAAAAUUAAGUCGUGCCUGUCGUUGCGCAUUUUCACUCUAAAAUAUGUCACAAUACGAUAGUAGUCAGUCGCAACUUCUGUUUCAGAAAAUGCUUUUGUAUUUAAGGCCCUGAUUAAAUAAAAUUAUGUUAACAUUCAAACCACAUCAGUCUUAAUAAUUACUAUUAAGCUUGUGUAUAACUUUUUAUACACUGUAAAAAAAAAUAAUAAUAAUUGAGCGAACUUAAAAAAAUUUUUUUUUACCAGCUUCAGCAUAUUUUUGAGUUUGCUCAACUUAUUUUUGUGGGAGAUUGUCAACUUUUUGUUGUAUAAACUUGAAACGACAAGUUGAGAAAACUCAAAAAUCUGCUGAAGCUGGUUGCCUUAAAAUUUUAUGUUGGCUUUUAUUUUAUGUUUUUUUUUUACAGUGUAGGUGAUAUGUAAUUGUUGAAGAAGGAAGGUGUUCUGCAGUUUAUAUAGCCUACUUCUUUUCUGUGUGUGUGUGUUUAUUCUUUUGCAACCCUGCUGACCCAACUGAGUAUGAUGGUCAUGCUUAAUUUUCAAAUUUUUAUAGUGUUGCUUCUUUCUCAUGGCUAUUUCAUAAUUUUUGACUUUUCAGUGUCAUUUAAAUCACUUUUUUUUCAUACCUUCUCCCAUCAGCAAUGACAUAUCACCUAUGAAUUAAUAUACUUAAGCUUAAUAGUAAUUACUAAGAUUUAAUGAAUGAAUAAAAAAAAUAAAAUUUUGGAAAGAAUAUAUGAUCAGAAUAUCGAUUAUGCAUGCACUGUAUGUCUACCCCCUGCCCACUCAACAUUUUUAUGAAAAAGUCAUUAUAAAAUGACAGACAUUUGCAUGACAGCACGACACUAAAGUGGCUCUGUAUAAUUUUCCCUAUGUUAAAAAAAAUACCUUUGUGAAAAAAGGUAAAGUUUUGUCAUUUAAUAACUUACAUAUAAUUCAAAGUUCAUUACGUUUCUGUGGGUUAUAUAUAUAAUGUCUGAUGAGCUAGCCAGUGCUUUUUUUUCCCAGGAAAACAAUUUUCUGCACAGCUGCUACGCUAUAGUUUUGUGUCUACUGUAUAUCACUGUGGUAUCUUGCUUUAGACAUCAUACAUACUUUUAUCGCUAAAUAUAUUUAAUAUACAUCGAUUUAUUUAUUUGGUAACUGUUUAAUAAGUAGAAUCAUAUACAGCCAGUCAGGCAUUGUCACAAAAUAAACUCCUUCAAGGGGUCCUGAUCGGGUACGUCGGGAUCCUGGUCAAAUAGGGGGUUAUUUUAUAAUGAUAACCGGCUGUUUAUAUAUAAUCUUGUACUAACCUAAGACCAAAAACAUAUCUACUGUGAAGAAUCUCUCAUUCUUCCAACAAUUCCAGGUUUAUUCUCUUUUUAAUCAGAUGAUAACAGUGAAUUUUUAUUUAUUUUUAUUUUUUUAACAAAACCAAAUGAGUAUUUUCAGAUUUUCAGGGAUGAUUAACAUUUAAAACGCCCAGACCUUAAUAAAACAAGCUGUUGUACUGAAGUGAAGUUAUUGGCUUUCAUGAUAAGACCAUAACAAUAGAAAGUGUUUAAUAUACCUCACAUUGUGUAAGCUAAUAAAUCUUGGCAAUUUGUGUUGUUUUAUAAAUGUUAUUUUUACUUACUUAACAUGAGUGUAGGUCAGUGAAGUAUUUCAAGCCAUACCUGAAAUACCUUAGAUUUGAAGAUUGGGCAUCUCAAUUGAUUUCAGUGACAAAAGCACACUGAAAGAAUUAUGUCCAAGACUUCUCCAUAGUGAAGUAUUCACCUUGUCGAAAGUUGUCAUGAGCAUUGUAAUGUUUGAAGCGGAUGUAGUCCCCCCCCAGCGACAGCUAUAUUUGAUGAUUGAACAUAGAAAAUCACGUCACCCAAGCUUUCUUCAUUAGUGCCCUAUAAACAUUUUGACAUCAGUCAAAAAUUGUUAAGCACUUUUAUUUAAGACUUUUUUGAUCUUUAGCUGCACUUUGAGUAGUUUAUUACUGAAUGACAAAUGAUUGUAAAGCUGAACCUUUCACAAAGUAUUAAUAGUGCAUCUACACUUUAUAAAGUUAUAUACAGCAUUCAAAAAGAAUUCAGAUACCUUAUAUAUUUCAUUGUUUAUUUAAUAAUACAAUUAUAGUUAUAUAUUUAUAAUUAUAUAUUUUGUCACAUUUCGUUAUGUUGUAUCCUUAUGCUAAAAUGAAUCAUCUAAAAGAUGAUCCUGAGAAGUGGAGUGCACCUAGUCUGAAUAUUUAACCUAUAUCAAUGUGAUAUUUCAAUAAACUUGCAAAUGUGUUUUUUGGUUUGGAGCAUCUGUAAGCAUUUUAGCAUAAGGCUGCAACAUAAAAUGUGAAAGAAAAAAAAACAAAAAACUUUUUUGAAUACUUUCUGAAUGACUCCUGCACAAAUAAACAUCCUGCUUUUCAUGAACAUCCACAAGCUAUACCUCUUAUAUGCCAUGUUUUCUUCAUCACUGAGUUUCUUCUAUAGUCCUUUUCUCUUUUAAACUAGGGGUUUGGGACAGUUUGAAGGCAAGUUGAAGGAAAAGGCUUGCUAUUUUAGGUUUUGCUGUAAUUAUGUAUUGUUUAAAAUAGUUUGAUCUUUGUGGGGAAAAAAUAUAUGUACUGUUAUGUACAGUAAAUAUGUACUGUUGUUUUACAAAUGACAUUCUGUGUUUGUUUUAACCUAUGCAAUUCCUGUCUUUACUGUUUCUGUUUUGCAAAUGUAUCGGUGUGUGAUGUUGUUAAUUGUUGUUUUUCUUUGGAAUAGUAAUACUGUAUGUCUUCUGCUUGCAUGUACAGACAUCCUGCAUCUUUAUUUAUAUGGUGAAGAUCUAAUGUAGCAUAAUUGAGUUAAACAAGAAUUAAAUACAUUUUGAGGUAUCAAAAUUCACUGUAAUACCUCAUUGUUCCUCAGCUUUACCCACUGUGUAGAGUGUUGAAGAGGGAAAUGCACACACCUCAAUUCUCUGUGUUUGCUAAUAAAAUG